AUGCCAUCCUCUUCAGGGUUUGUUCAUGCAGUAUCAGAGGCUGGCCGCCUUCUCCCUUCAGCAAGCCGCUGGAACUCUAUAGAAAUCGAUUUUAACAUUGUCCCUCAAUCUAUGAAUGGCUACGAUUCGAUCCCCUCUCGAUUCUCGAAAUCCUUUGAUUAUGAUCUAACUAUCACCGAUAGAAAGUACUUCAAACGUUUUAUUAUCAUUUCAGUCUCAGUAGCUUUUGUAAUCCUAGCUCUUGUUCUGUUGAUUCACUUUGUGCCUCAGAAACAUACCCAUCAUGUGUCUCCAAAGAAUCUCACGCUUGCAUUAAGCCAAGCUCUAAUGUUUUUUGAUGCUCAAAAGUCUGGACAUUACCCGAAAAAUAGUCCGGUGAAGUUUCGAGGAGAUUCAGGAUUGCUUGAUGGGAAUUCAGGCAAUACCCAUGUGGACCUUGAAGGUGGUUUCUAUGAUUCUGGCAACAACAUAAAAUUCAGCUUCACCACAGCUUACACUGUUACCCUCUUGAGUUGGACUGUCAUCGAAUAUCAUGAAAAGUAUGCUGAUAUUGGCGAGCUCGAACAUGUUAAGGACAUCAUAAAAUGGGGAAGUGACUACUUGCUUAAGCUUUUUCCUCCCCAAAACGCAACUUCAGAUGCCAUCAUAUUGUAUUCUCAGGUUGGAAGCGCUAGUAAUGAAACCGAUAGUACUCCCAACGACAUAAACUGCUGGCAAAGACCUGAAGACAUGAAUUAUCAGCGUCCUGUUUCACAAUGUGGGAGCACAGCUUCAGAUUUAGCUGGGGAAAUCGUUGCAGCAUUAUCAGCUGCAUCAUUGGUAUUCAAAGAAGAUACAAAGUACUCCAACGGUUUAGUUGAAGCAGCAGAGAAGUUAUUUGGGAUUGCUUCAAAGGUAGAAUCCACUAAUCAGGGAACGUACACCACGAAUGCUGCUUGUGCAGGAGAUGCAAGAAAGUUCUAUAACUCAACCGGUUUCGAGGAUGAAUUAGUUUGGGGAGGAACUUGGUUGUUCUUUGCUACCGGGAACACUUCUUACCUCGAUUAUGCUACAACCGGAACAUAUAACUCAUCCGUAGCCAAGGAAAAAUCUUCUGAUAAAGGGGUUUUCUACUGGAACAACAAGCUCACAGCUAAUGGAGUUUUGCUAACGCGAAUUCGAUACUUCCACGAUCUUGGUUACCCAUAUGAAGAUGUUUUCGUAUCGUCGACAAACAUGACUCACUCUGUCAUGUGUUCUUAUCUUUCUAAACAAGACUUCGAGAAGACACAAGGUGGAUUGAUCCUCCUAAAGCCUAAUUCUGGCACAACACUUCAGUUUGCGGCAACAGCAGCUUUCCUAAGCAAAUUGUACAGUGACUACCUUGAUCUUCUGAGUAGGUCAGGUGUGAACUGCAAGAGUGAUGGUUUUUCUGUGAAUAUGUUGAGGAGCUUCUCCAUGUCUCAGGCUUAUUACAUACUAGGACAAAAUCCAAUGAAGAUGAGCUACAUGGUUGGCUUUGGAGACCAUUUUCCAACCCAAGUUCACCACAGGAGUGCAUCGAUCCCUUGGGAUGGUAGACCUUACUCUUGUGAAGAGGGAGCUAAAUGGCAAAAGUCCAUUGCUGCAAAUCCAAAUGUUCUUUUGGGAGCCAUGGUAGCUGGACCAGACCAGUUUGAUAACUUCCUAGACGAAAGGGUUAAGCCAUGGUUCACUGAGCCAACCAUCGCGAGCAAUGCUGGUUUAGUUGCAGCACUGAUUGCACUUCAUGACCCUCCUCGCAAUUCUUCCGAUUCGAAUCGCUUUAACUUGGGCAUAGACCAAAUGGGUAUCUUUGGGAAUAUCCAUUUAGUUCCUGCAGGUUCUUAAUUGAGAUCUGUCAAAUUGCCAACCUUGAUAUAUAUGGAAAUGAAUGGACUAGGAAAGAAAGAGAAA